AUGGGAUGGUUAUGGUCCUCAACACCGGCGUCGUCGGCGCCUCAAGCUGCGCAAGAGAAUAGCUCGUCGAGCGCUCCUUUACCCUCAGAAACACCCUCAUUCCCAGAACCAUCACAAACCAAACCACUCUCGCGCGACGAAAUCGCCGAGAAAGAACUCAACUCCUUCCUCGCCGAACUCUCCGCAGACGCCAAACCGAGCAGCACAAAAUACAAUCGCGUCCCCAAGUCAACUCCCUCCCAGUCCUCCAAACCCUCCAACUCCACCACCCCCGACUCCGACCUCCCCUUCUCCGAACAACUCCUCCCCACAACAAUGUCCUGCCGCACCGCCUUCGACGAAGCAUUCUACUGCAACUCUUUCGGCGGGAAAUUCAACGACCUAUACCGGUACGGCGGAUUGGAAUCCUGUUCCGCGCACUGGAACAAGUUCUGGUUCUGCAUGCGGACGCGGACGUGGAGCGAGCCGGAGAAAAAAGAGGCGAUACGGGAGUACUAUCGGAAGGUUGAGACGGCGAAGUAUGGGGUUGGUGGUCGGGGUUUGAGUAGUGAGAAUGUGUGGAGGAGUCGGGAGAGGAAGGUUGAUGAGGGGGAGGGGGGCUUUGAUAGGAUUAAGCCGGAGGUGUUUGAGGGGAGUGAUGAGGAGUGGAAUCGGAUGGAGAUGGAGAGGAGGAGGAAUAAGAUUAGGGACUUGGAGAGGGGGGGUGUGAGUUAG